UUUAAGAUUACAUACUUCAGGCAGUGGGAAAGAUACCUUCUACAAACCUCAAUAUUUCAAUUCCUUUGUAACGACAUUCAGUAACGGAUUCAUUGUUUGAACAAGCAUACGAUCAUGGAUUUAAAUUACAAAAUAUUUACCAGCAUUUCGCAAACCUGGUGGACCUCCGGUCUUGUGCCAACUGCAUUCGGUUGGUUAACGGCAAGUGUCAAUAGAAGCAAAAUUGACAUUUAUAAUAAAAGCAAGAAGCCAAAGUUCCACCCACCUGCUUACAUCUUUGGACCCGUUUGGACAGCUCUGUACUUUGCUAUGGGUUAUGCCUCACAUUUGGCUUACCGCGCAGAUCCUUUGCUAAUUACCAAUGCUGGUCGCAAAGGAGCGGCUUUGUAUCUAGCGCAAAUGGCACUUAAUGUCUCAUGGAUGCCGCUAUUCUGGUGCCGUAAGCCAAAGCUUGCCCUUGUCAAUAUUGGUGCAUUGACAGGUGUGGUAGGCUGGCUGAUCAAAACAUGGUGGCCCAUCGCUCCUACAGCAUCGAAGCUACUUGUUCCCUAUUUGGCUUGGUUAGGAUAUGCUGGCUAUUUGAAUCUUGGUCAUUGUCUGUUAAAUUAA